ACAGUCCUGGACAGGCACGGAACGGAGUUCAGCUUUGUUUGAAUAGCGCGAGACUGAAUUGCUGUCUCGUAAAUAUGACGACAUCCGCGGAGGGAUAGGGAUCUUACAGGAUAGGAGACAACAAAGCAGAGAGUGAGCAGAGAGAACUACCGAGCUGAGGGAGGACACAGAAAAGAGAGUGGAGGACGAAUAAUUUGCAGUCAACAGUUUGGUUACGUAAAUGCCCAACAACAGGCAGUUUAGAUAAAGGCGACGUGUUCAUUUUGGAACUGAGAAGACCCUGGCAUUUCACGCAGAGACAUAAAAUGUCGUCUCCAAGUCCGGGUAAAAGGCGAAUGGAUACCGACGUGGUGAAACUCAUUGAGAGUAAACAUGAAGUCACAAUCCUGAGUGGACUUAAUGAGUUUGUAGUGAAGUUUUAUGGACCACAAGGAACACCAUAUGAAGGGGGUGUAUGGAAGGUGAGAGUAGAUCUUCCAGACAAAUAUCCCUUCAAAUCUCCAUCUAUAGGGUUCAUGAAUAAGAUUUUUCAUCCAAACAUUGAUGAAGCAUCUGGGACCGUGUGUUUAGAUGUGAUAAAUCAGACGUGGACUGCUCUUUAUGACCUCACCAAUAUUUUUGAGUCGUUUUUGCCACAGCUGCUGGCAUACCCUAAUCCCAUUGAUCCUUUAAAUGGAGAUGCUGCAGCCAUGUACUUGCACCGGCCAGAGGAGUAUAAGCAGAAAAUCAAAGAUCCAAGAUUCCCAGUCCAGAGGCCUUUAUUUUCAUUCCAAAAUACAUUCAGAAAUAUGCAACAGAGGAGGCUCUGAAGGAGCAAGAGGAAGGUGCAGGUGACUCUUCAUCAGAAAGCUCCAUGUCUGAUUUCUCAGAAGAUGAAGCACAAGAUAUGGAGUUGUAGUAUGAACACACCCUUUAUUGCAGAGACUAUAUAAUUUCCUAAUGUAAGAAGCAGACUAUAAUAUUCAUAUUUAAACAAGACCGUUUUUAUUAUUAUUAUUACUCCUAUUAUUAUUAUUAUUAUUAUUACAAUGACAAGAAGUUAGGAUGAUGAUGAUUAUGAUUAUAAUAAUAAUAAAAAUAAUAAUACGUAUUAUUAUUAUUUUUAUUAUUAUUGUUAAUAUUAUUAUUAUUGCUGGUACUACUACAACUACUAUUGAUAUUGACAAACCUGGAUUUCUAUGAGUGUUUAGCAUUGAUAAUGAACACAUUACCCUCUUUCUGUGUUUAUGUAAUUGCUUGAUCUGCCCAACAACACACCACUGACCAAGUGCUUCCCCUACAUGCUAGUGUGACUGCACAAUACAUAGGUUAAUGGCCCUAUAUUUUACCACAUUUUAGUCACCUAGAAUUGCAGUUGAUUCCCACAAUUUGAUUAAAAUUUUUUUGUGCAAGGUAGGUCUUUCUUAAGCAUGGUUGCAAAAGUAUUCUACAACUUACACUAAAUUGUCUAAAAAGAAAACAGUAAUAUAUCCUUACAUAUGUCUACUUGGUACCUGGCAGUGCAAAUUCGGAUGUUAAGCAAAAUAGGUCAUUACCAUAGUGUUUGCAUCAUACUGUGCAGAUUAGCAAAUUACAUUUUCAACUUGUUUAAAUUACCCUGUCUUCUUUCAGAAUUCUAUUUUUUUAGAGACAAAUUUUAACAUAAUGGAUCGAAUAGAUAAGAAUUCUGCGUUUCAAUGUGCGCUGGCACAGUGGACAGUGUUAAGGCAAUGCUGACAAAGACAUAAAUCAGUGGGUUUACAGUUCUACUUCAAAUUUUGUUGGAUAAUCCUCUACACAUAACUUAAAAUUCAGCAAAGUCCUUAAUUUAGCCUAUAUUUGGGGAGACAAUGUGUCUUUGGUUGCUAUAGGUCAGUUGUACUAAACCAAGGAUUCAUAUUUUUACUGCAUUUUCUUUUCUUUUUCUUUUUUUUUUAAAUUGCUGCUUUAAAGUCAUUAAAAGUUUGAACUGAAAUUGAAGAGUAAGGUGUACUGUUCACUGUUACUGGCUAGUGUCUUUAAUAAGGUGUUUUUUUUUCUUGGGCUGUGGAAAGGACUGAUAAAAUGUAUGUCCAGUUUCUCAUUCAUGCCUUGCUGUCUGCAUGCCUUUCAGUAGGUUAGAAAAGUGGCUCAAAACCUAAAUCUAACCUGAUACCUUAUGUGACAUGUCAGCAGUUGCAUGCAGGCAAUGAAGUAUUCAUUGUUAAUUUUUUUUCAAUAGAAGGAUGGUAGUGGUUAAAUGAGUUAAGUUUGUCAUUUUAGUUUAAAACAGGAAAAAAACAAGCAAAUGUUGCAAAAUGCAAAUGUUAGUUUGUUUGUACUUUGACAACCAAAAAAAGCUAAAUUCUGCUUAAAUUAGAUGUCUGUUUAAUCUUUACACUUCAGUUGGCAGUGUGAAACUUUCCAUACAAACUGUAUGAUAUUACAAUUAUUAGAAGAAAUUCAUAAAUGAAGCACAAAUAUGCUAAAUUGUAAAUAUUUUGCUAUAAAGUCUGGGAUAUUCACCCAUAUCAGUAAUCUCUUUAACUUGUUGUUGAUGUUUGUUUUCUCUCUAUCUCUCUCUCUCUCUCUCUCUCUCUCUCUCUCUCUCUCUCAGAGUAUUAUGACAUGAUACAGAAAUGUUGUGGGCAAAGAAGGAUUUAUCAGAUUGUGCUUGCAUACAUACUAAUUAACAUAAUUAUUUUAUACCAGCCAUUUCAUUCACACAGCUCCACUUUGUUUGGGCUCCUUUCACUCUGUCCUUCAAUGGUCAGGACCCCCACAAAGAUGGUGAUAUUUGGAUGGUGACUCUGCUCUGGUGGUGUGUAAGUGUGUUUUGUUCUGGUAUGAGUGGAUCAAACACAGCAGGGCUGGAGUUUUUAAACACUGUGUCUAAUCACCACUGCAGUAGACUCUCCUACCUAGCUGAUCCAUUGUCUACAUGUAAAGUCAGCUUAUCUGUUGCUGCAUAGUUAGUUUUGGUCAUCUUCUAGUCCAAUCUGUUAUUGGUAGGACAGGACACUGCCCAGAGGAGGUACCAACACAGCACACACUAAUACACCACCAACAUGUCCGUGACACUUCAGUGCUGAAAAUCCACCCCAAAUAGGACCUCUUCUGUGGUGGUCCUGCCCAUUGAAGAACAAGGGGGGCAAAGUGUGCAGAGAAAUGGACUACAGUCUGUAAUUAUAGAACUACAAAGUACAAAUGUUGCAAAAUGCAAAUGUCAGUUUGUUUGUAUUUUGACAACAAAAAAGCUAAAUUCUGCUUAAAUUAGAUGUCUGUUUAAGCUUUACACUUCAGUAGGCAGUGUGAAACUUUCCAUACAAACUGUAUGAUAUCAUUAAAAUUAUUAGAAGAAUUUAUCAGUAGACCGAUAAGAUUGACAGUGGAUAUAUAAACAAUUACGCUGUGUUUAAUAAAGUAGGCUAUAUAGACAAACAGAAUGGGACAUUGACACAUUAAACCUGCGGAAUCUAAGAAUCUCAUUCUAAAUCUAUAGGUUAUAUGAGUAUGUUCACCCUUUGAGGCUAUAAUAGCUUCUACUCAUCUGGGAAGAUUUUCUUAAAUAUUUUUCUUGUAGUUUGUAAGGUAGAUAUAAGUUAAUACAGAAAUUACCUAAAAAACCUAUGGCAUUAUUAAGCACACUGGAGUCUGCAAGGAUAGGUUCCCAAUUGUGUGUGGAGGUAUAUCGAAAUGAAACAAAUGAAUUAAAAGAUUAAGAGGAAUGUCCUAAUACUUUUCUCAUGCGUGUGCAUGCAUGUGAGAGAGGAGAGAGAACGAUAAUUUGAGCUAAAACAGACCUACGUUAAUAUCUCUUUACAAGACUUCUAAAAUUACCCAGUGAUGUUCUCAUCAGAUCUUUCAAAUUUUGAAAGCUAUCUUGAGGGGACCCAACAUGUCCCACGCUCACCUGGCCUUCAAGUGAGUGAUAGAGAAGACUAGUAAUUUAAUGCAUGCUGAGACAGAUUUUUUCCUGUAACCAUUGUUUUUGAGACUGAUACCACACUAGCUGGUUGUUUUUUUCCAUACUAUAUUGCUUUUAUGUCCCUCAUACAUAAAUGAACAUUGGCUGCUCACACCCUGUCUCUGGAUUUUGACUGUUCUUUCCUCGACAACUGUUGGUAGUUACCCACCACAGUUGACCUGUAGCAGCUUAAGUCAUGCUGUUUAAUGUUUAAUGGCAUGUGUGUACACAAAAUGUGCAGGGGACUGUAUACAGUACCCUCUGUAAUGCUUUGAGGCAAAUACUCAUUUUCCUUGAUAUGCCCAUCUGAUACACAAUUUGGUAAGAUUUGUAUUUGCAUAUAUUUCAGUUUACCAUGUUAAAAGUACUUCACUUAAUUAAAACAUCUUUAUGCAGUAUUGUAUUUAAUUGCUUUAUAAUUAGUUUGACCAAGAAUAUAUUUAAUGCUUUAACUCUGCCCUGUUUUACAAAUGUGAUUUUAACCUUUAGAAAUGCUUAUUUUCUUCUUAGCAGUGCUUUCCUUUUAAUAUAAGCAAUUUCAAAUAUAUAACACUGCCUGUGUGAGAACUUCUGUUUUGUCCGUGUAUUUUUUUCCAGACAAAAUCAAAAGAUAAGUGAGUGCAUGUCAAGGUUUUUGUUUUUUAUGUUUGAAUAAACUGACGAAGGAAUCCAAAAAUCUCAAAAUGUUUGUGUGCUUCUGAUGUUAAAAUAUAUUUUUUUGUCUUCUUCUUCUUCUUCUUCUUCGUCUUCUUCUGCUUCUUCGUCUGCUUCUUCUUCUUCUUCUUCUUCUUCUCUGCAAAAAUGACAAGUUAUUAAUGAUCUUUUUAGAAAGCAACUGAAUCCCUUUUUUCUGGUGAAGGAAUGGAAAAUAUUGCAGACCACAUCAAAUCAAAACAAUCUAAAUUUCUAAAAAAAAAAAAAAAAAAAGUAAUAAUAAAAUAAAUAAAAAUUGCUGUGCUGUUUUAUAUGCAACAGUUUUACUUUAACUUGAAUAGUUCAUUAAAAGGUUAAUUUAUUUAGUUUACCUGUAUAUUUUUAAGAACACUUUAUUUGAGCUUAGUAUUUGAGCAAUUUUAUAGUCAGUGUGGUCAAGCUAUUUUCUGUUUUUGCAAUGUGAUAUGUGCAAUAAUUCCUCAAACAAAAUUAGACAGAUGCAUAAGGGCAGCAACUGAAAAAUGACAUCAAUAUUUAGUAGAUCCUACCUUUGCUCAAAAAUAACAGCCUCUAAACACUUCCUAUGGCUUCCAAUGAGAGUCUGGUUUCUGGUUGAAGAUAUUUUGGAGCAUACUUCUUUACUAAACAUCUCCAUUUCAGUCAGAUUUUAUAGUUUCCGAGCACAAACAGCCUGCUUUAAAUCACACCACAAAUGUUCAAUAAUAUUCAGGUCUAAAAUCCUUGUGUAAAGUGUGCUGAAUAGUUUAACGAUGCACAGUGACAUCUGCAGUAAGAUGUUGUAGGUGUUUGGAGCUCGUCUGUGGGUUGGCUAUUCUCACCAUCCUUCUCCUCUGCUAAUCCACUUCAGGCCUUAACUAGAACUGUGUCUGUGGUUUUUCAUUUCCGCACUAUGUUCCUCACAGUGGAAACUGACAGCUAAAAUCUCUGAGAUUUUUUUUCAUUCCCCUAAACCAUGAUGUUGAACAGUCUUUGUUUUCAUGUCAUUUGGGAGUUGUUGCCACUCUUCAGAGAAGAUGCAAGGAGGAGAAAAAAUUGCAAUUGGCAUCUUAACCCUUUCUCAUAAUUGGAUUCAUUUAGGUCAAGUGUCAAUGAGCUAACCCAACAAAUUUUUUGUUCCAACAAUUAGUGCUAAGGUUAUUCAAAUCAAUACAAUAUUAAGGUUGCUCAAAUUUAUGCACCUGCCUAAUUUAGUUUAAAGAAUUAUUGCACACUUUCUGUAAAUCCUAUAAACUUUCACCUCACAAAUAUCACUGUGUUCAUCUGCUAUAUGAUAUGUUUAAGUAAAAUUGCUGAUCCGAACAACCAAUGAUUUAUAAAGUACAAAAUUAUGAUAAUUAUCAGGGGUGCCCAAGCUUUUUCAUACCACUGUACAUUUCACAAAUUGUUGCUAAUAAGUUUGUUAAUAAUCACGUCAAAAAGUGUUAAAUCAAUACACUUGGCAUAAGGUUUAUACUGUCAAUUAGUGAUAUUAGUGUUAAUUAUUUAACACUACACUGUCAAAUUGUGCACUUGGUAUGCAGUCAUCAGUGUGGAAUGUGUGUGCUAUUACAACCUUUUUUUUUUUUUUUGAAGAAUACAUAUGCUGUGUUUUUAUCUUUAUUGAUGCAGUCAAAGUAUUAUGAGAAUUUGCUACUGCUUUUUUGUUGUUGUCAUGUGGGCAUGCCUGUCACAUAGGACAAGUGCACCCUGUCUAGGAUUAUAACCUUUUAAUUAGUUCUGUACAAUUAACUGUAAAUUUUUAUAAUAAAAAUAAUUAAUAUAAA